UUUGGUAAUAAAUUUGAAGAAACAUUAACACCCAGUCCGUCCACUACUCAACCUACCAAUGCGGCAUACGAUGGAUGUAAUUACUACUAUCUACCGUGGAAAGAAGUAAAACCUUGCGUUAUCAUCACAUCUCAAUGGGAAGACAUUGCUUUCCGUUUGGAGACUGUGAAUUUGAUCACAAAGGUGAUAGAUAAUUUGGAACAACACAUAAAAACAAUUCAAAAAGACAUGAAAACAGGAAAACCUCUUCCUGAAUUAGCAGUGCAAUUCAUAUAUAUGAUGGACGAUCUUCUGAAAGAUUUGGAUUUUAAAUUACCUGAACCGAUCCCAGGCCAGCACAUUGCAAAUGAAUUGGAUAAUCAGCUGAGACAAUUAAGGAAUGAGGAGUUGCGUAACAUUAAAAAACGAGCCACCGAAUUGCGGGAAAAGGCCACCGACAUAGAAGAAGCGAUGUCUGAGACUGAAGGCUAUUUGAAAAUGUUGCAGUCUUUAUGUAUUGAGACUCAAAAUAGUAUCCCGGACGUCGUGAUAUGGAUGCUGAGUGGAAAGAAGAGAGUAGCAUAUUGUAGAAUACCCACCCACCAGAUCCUCUUCAGUCCAGAUUUGGAGAGAUGUGGCAAAUACUGUGGAAAGUUACAGUCUGUGAUGCUAAAGUAUCCAAUUCUGGAAGCAAGUUCUAUUGAUGGUGGCAACUCGAUGAAGAAUAGCAAAAGUUUUAGCAAAUAUUGGAGAGUUCCUGCUCUCCUGAGAAUAAAAUUAUGGUUUGGUUUAGAGGUAUAUGAUGUAUUUUGGAGCACUAGUCAGACAGAUGCAGAAAUGUCCGUGUUUGCCGAGACGUACGAGAAUCAGGUAAACGUAUUUGGAAAAUGGACGACCAGCGGCCCAGCUAUGACUAGACCUGCUUGGUCCGAUGCUAGUGGAUGCAUCGCUUUACCCCAGGAAAAUUUCAUUUCUCCGUAUGGAUGGAAAUUUGACGGAGAUUGGUUCAUUAGUCCCGAACCGAGCAUGAUGUAUGAUGACGAAGUGUUUCACAGGGUUUGCACGGACGAAAUUUAUGAAAAAGAAAGUCGAAUGCCGGGAGGACCCUGGGGACCCGCAUUAUCUCCAUGGACUGAUUUUAGUGGGGAGGCUACAGUGGCCAAGAACGAAGUGCAAAUUCCAUCUGGAUGGAUAUGGGAGAGUAAUUGGGAAAUUGACUUGAAUAGAGCCGUAGAUGAAGAUGGUUGGGAAUACACCACUGAAAUGGAAGAAAGCGGCUACCAACCUGUAGAAAUGACACAUCACCUUUGUCGUAGAAGAAGAUGGAUCCGACAGAGGGCCUGUCUUCGAGGAAUAUCGGAUUAUUUUUCCGAAAAGGAUUCCGACACCAUAUCCAUCACUUCCAUGGAUUCGCAAGUCAUGGAGGAAGGAUGGGAAUAUGCACCAUUAUUUAACAUGAAAUUUCAUGCAAAGGAACGAAGAAUGGAUCUGGUUAGAAGGCGACGUUGGCACAGGAAACUAAUUGCAGAGGAUCCCAGUGCACCGCUGGUGUUCAAUCUGGCUAUUACUCCCAAAAAGACAAGUAUUGUGAGGAAAAUUAUGGGUUCCGAAGCAUCCACAAGUGAAUCAAAACAGACUGUGGAAGAUGCCAAGUUGGCUAUGCUCAGUUGCCCUCGUCUGUAUUUAAUCUAUAAACAUGCCCAUAAAUUUCAAUUAAGAGCUUAUGUAUAUCAAGCGAGAGAUCUGAUUGCAUCUGACAGAAGUGGAUUUUCAGAUCCAUACAUAUGUGUGUCUGUUUUGAGUCAAAGUAUGAAAACUGCCAUCAUUUUCCAAAGUCUCUGCCCGAUAUGGGACCAGACUUUAAUAUUCGAUGAAGUAAUAAUUUAUGGCGAUGUAGAGACUGUAAAGUGUGAGCCUCCAAUAGUCGCCGUGGAAGCUUAUGAUCAAGAUGCUAUUGGCGAAGACGAAUUUAUUGGCCGUUCUUUUGCGACCCCUUUUGUUCAUCUGAAUCCUGACAAAUAUCGACCACCUCGACUUGAAUGGUAUGAACUCAAGAGAGGGAAGAGACCAGGCGGAGAACUAUUAGCAUCUUUCGAACUAUUAUUGGCUGACGUUGGAGAUUUACCAUUUAUGCCACCUAAACGUGGAGACUUUUAUAUUGUUCCUACUGGGAUAAGACCAGUUUUACAAAGAACGGCUAUUGAAAUUCUCUGUUGGGGUGUGAGGAAUAUGAAAACAUUUGAAUUUACCCACAUAAGCAGACCUUCGAUAGAAUUUGAAUGCGGCGGCACAAUCGUGGAAAGCAAAUUUAUUAAGGACGCAAAAGUUAAUCCGAAUUUCGACGAGCCUCUAUUAUAUAUUGAAAUGUUACUUCCGGUCGAAGAGGUUUACAUGCCACCCAUGCAUAUCAAAGUAAGAGAUCAUAGACAGUUUGGACGUAAACCCAUCGUUGGAACUCACGUUAUUCCCUGUCUGCAUACAUUCGUCAUUGAACCCAUCUUUCCGAGCAAAGAUUCUUUUGGGAAAGUCGCAGUUACUGUUGGAAUGGAAGGAGAUAAAGAUAAAACUUUAGUGGAAGAAACUGCCAUUGAUAUGCCCGAUUAUCUCGAAGAUGUGACAGAUAAAACCGAGGAAGAAACAGAGGGUAUCGACUGGUGGGCAAAAUAUUACGCAUCAAUAGGAGAAAUCCAAAAGUCUGGAAAAUAUUUAGAAAAAGAGUAUGAUACAAUUGAGGUCUACAGAACCGAGCUUGAGAAAGUCGAUAAAUUUCAUAGUUUCACUGAUUUCCUCAAUACUUUUCCUCUAAAACGUGGGAAAAGUAAAGACAUGGAGGAAUCCGAUAUCGUUGGAGAAUUUAAAGGAACGUUGAGAGUUUAUCCACUCCCAUCUGAUCCCAACGCUCCCCAACCUAUGAAAAUCUUUCAGGGUUUGACACAGGCAACCGUGGAAGAGAUUACAGUACGAGUGUACAUUAUAAAAGCAUUUGAUCUUGCUCCAAUGGAUCCAAACGGUCUGGCAGAUCCUUACAUAUGUAUUAAACUGGGUAAGAAGAAACGGGACAACAAGAGUCGUUAUAAACCGAAUACCAUUAACCCAAUAUUUGGAGAAAUGUUUGAGUUGUCGGGAAAACUCCCUAUAGAUAAAGAUCUAACCAUUUCAGUUUGGGAUUAUGAUCUGGCGAGUGGAGAUGAUCUCAUAGGAACCACAGUUAUCGACUUAGAGAAUCGCUAUGUCACCAAACACCGUGCCACGUGCGGAUUACCUAAAACCUACCAAAUAUCGGGUCCAAACAAAUGGAGAGAUUCUAAAACUCCUAAAGAGAUACUGACAGAGGUUUGUCAUUUACAUAAUCUUCCUCCUCCUGUAUUUAAUGAUGAAAAGGUUUAUUUGGAUAAUAAAGUAUAUACUAUAAGCGAUUUUGAAAAAACUCCACCUAAAAAUUCGCAUUUAGGUUCGAUGGAUCAGAGACUGGCUCUCUACAUAUUGAACCAAUUCAAUUUAGUGCCCGAACACGUAGAAACUCGAUCAUUAUAUAAUCCGGCCACACCCGAGCUGGAACAGGGGAAAUUAGAGAUGUGGAUUGACAUAUUUCCAAAUUCAUUGGGCAAACCCGGUCCUACGAUUGAUAUCACUCCGAGAAGCACCUCAAAAUUUGAGUUGAGAAUUGUAGUGUGGAACACCAGUGAUGUCCUCCUUACCGAAACUAAUAUCAUGGGAGAACAAAUGAGUGAUAUAUACGUUAAAGGUUGGAUCAGUGGCAUAGACAACAUACAGAAAACAGACGUUCACUAUAGAUCAAUGGAUGGCGAAGGUAAUUUUAAUUGGCGAUUUGUGUUUCCAUUUGAAUAUUUGAUGGCAGAAAACAACAUAGUAGUAAAAAAGAAAGAACACUUCUGGUCUCUGGAUGUUACGGAACAUCAUCUCCCUCCUAAAUUAAUUUUGCAAAUCUGGGACAACGACACAUUUUCCUCGGAUGAUUUCAUAGGUUCACUCGAAAUGGACUUGACUUGCAUGCCCCAACCAGCAAAAACUUCAGAAAAGUGCUCUCUAGAGCAGCUGGGUUAUGAGCGGAAACAGACUGCACUAGACAAACUGAUAUUGAAGUCUCAUAAAACUAAAGUAGAAUAUAUAAACAUUUUUGAGAAAAGAAGAAUUUACGGCUUUUGGCCUUUCAUUGCAGAAGAUCCGGAAGAGGGAAUGAUACUAGGAGGAAAAAUAGAAAUGGAAAUGGAAAUUAUAUCUGAGGAAGAAGUCGAAAAUAAACCAGCUGGACAUGGAAGAGAUGAGCCUAACAUGAAUCCAGUAUUAGACCCACCAAAUCGGCCAGCUACCUCAUUUUUAUGGUUCACGUCUCCCUGGAAAUCAUUCAAACAUAUCAUCUGGAAGAAAUACAGAUUAUUCAUAAUUACUUCAUUGAUUAUUUUGUUCAGCAUCCUACUCGUUUUAUUAUUUGUUUAUAGUUUUCCUGAAGUUCUUGCAUAUAAAAUAAUUCAUAUUUAAAUGAAGAAUUAAGAUAUUUUUGUAUACUUAAGAAGUAAUUUUUGUAUAGUCAAAGUGAAAAGUAAGCUCAAACUGUUAUUUAUAAAGAUUAAAUAAUUACUUAUGAACAUUGA